AUGUUGGAGUACGUACCUGUGCAUCCACCCCUACAGACAUCCACCCCCACAGAAAUCCACACCUACAGACAUCCAUCCCCACAGACAUCCACACCUACAGAAAUCCACCCCUACAGACAUCCACCCCUACAGACAUCCAUCCCUACAGACAUCCACACCUACAGACAUCCAUCCCCACAGACAUCCACACCUACAGAAAUCCACCCCUACAGACAUCCAUCCCUACAGACAUCCACCCCUACAGACAUCCACCCCCACAGACAUCCACACCUACAGACAUCCAUCCCCACAGACAUCCAAACCUACAGAAAUCCACCCCUACAGACAUCCAUCCCUACAGACAUCCACACCUACAGACAUCCACCCCCACAGACAUCCACACCUACAGAAAUCCACCCCUACAGACAUCCAACCCUACAGACAUCCAACCCUACAGACAUCCACCCCUACAGACAUCCACCCCCACAGACAUCCACACCUACAGAAAUCCACCCCUCCAUACAUCCACCCCUACAGACAUCCAUGCAUACAGACAUCCACACCUACAGACAUCCACCCCCACAGACAUCCACACCUACAGAAAUCCACCCCUACAGACAUCCAUCCCUACAGACAUCCAUCCCUACAGACAUCCACCCCAACAGACAUCCACCCCCACAGACAUCCACACCUACAGAAAUCCAUCCCUACAGACAUCCACCCCUACAGACAUCCACCCCCACAGACAUCCACACCUACAGAAAUCCACCCCUACAGACAUCCACACCUACAGACAUCCAUCCCCACAGACAUCCACACCUACAGAAAUCCACCCCUACAGACAUCCAUCCCUACAGACAUCCACACCUACAGACAUCCACCCCCACAGACAUCCACACCUACAGAAAUCCACCCCUACAGACAUCCAUCCCUACAGACAUCCAUCCCUACAGACAUCCACCCCUACAGACAUCCACCCCUACAGACAUCCAUGCAUACAGACAUCCACACCUACAGAAAUCCACCCCUACAGAAACCCACCCCUACAGACAUCCACACCUUCAGACAUCCUCCCCUACAGACAUCCACAGCUACAGCAUCCACCCCUACAGACAUCCACCACUACAGACAUCCACCCCAACAGACAUCCACACCUACAGCAUCCACACCUACAGUACAGACAUCCACACCUUCAGACAUCCACCCCCACAGACAUCCACACCUUCAGACAUCCACACCUACAGACAUCCACACCUACAGACAUCCACCCCUACAGACAUCCACCCCUACAGACAUCCACACCUACAGCAUGCAUCCCUACAGUAG